GGCCGGGGCGGGGCGCGCACCGGGAGAAGGAGCCGCCCGGGAGCGGAGCGGGGCGCGUUCGGGUGCCUGGCUCGCUCCACGCCCGCUGGCGGCCGGAGUUUGCGCUCCGGGGGCUCGGCGGCGCGACGCCCCGGGAUGGGGGCUCCGCGCUGGGCGCGGCUCUGCCUCCUGCUCCUGGCGGCGGUGACGCUCUGGGUGCUCCUGUGUGGGCACGACCGAGACGCGCAGGCUUCCCCGAAGCCCAGCCUGCUGCAGCAAGAGUCACUGCCAUUGGUGCCUGGAGGGAUGUCCCGAAAUGCCGGGAGCCAUGGCCUGAGCAGAGAAAGCAGCAUGGACAGAGAGAAGCCAUCUAAAUAUUCUUCGGAGCCUGGCAAGGCUAAAUCCACCAAGGAACAGGCCAGCUCGUGCCCCCAGUCACUGACGUCAAUAGUGAAGGCGGACCCCAGGUUCGGGAAGCUCUUUAGAUUCCACAUCCCAGUGCUGAUGUGGGCACGGCACUUCACCCAGGAGACCUGGGACAGACUGAAGGAGCGCAGCGUCCCGUAUGGCUGGCAGGGCUUGUCCAACACAGCCAUUGCCUCCACCUUGCAUCUGCUCAAUGACUCUGCCAACAGCUGGCUGUUCGACAAAGCCAGGUUCCCUGAAGGCUGCGUCCGCUGCGCCGUGGUCGGGAACGGAGGGAUUCUCAAUGGAUCCCGGCAAGGCAAGGAGAUAGAUGCCCAUGACUUUGUUUUCAGGCUAAAUGGGGCUGUGAUCAAAGGCUUUGAAGACGACGUCGGGACCAAGACAUCAUUCUAUGGUUUCACGGUGAACACAAUGAAGAAUUCCCUGAUCGCCUACAGAGAGUAUGGCUUCAUCCAGAUACCCCAGUCCAAGGACCUGCGGUAUAUUUUCAUCCCCUCGGACAUACGUGAUUACAUCAUGCUGAAGUCAGCCAUACUGGGCAGCCGUGUCCAAGAGGGUUAUGACAAAGGCGAUGACCCACGGACGUAUUUUGGACCAGAGGCAUCUGGAAAAAAGUUCAAGCUGCUGCACUCAGAUUUCAUACACUAUCUAACACUGAGAUUUCUGAGAUCUGAAAUAAUAAAUACUCAAUAUGGGUAUCUCUACAUGCCCAGUACUGGUGCCCUCAUGCUACUGACAGCCCUCCAUACCUGUGACCAGGUCAGUGCCUAUGGAUUUAUCACGGACAAUUACCGAGAGUUUUCAGACCACUACUAUGAGCGAAAGAAGAAGCCUCUGGUGUUCUAUGCCAACCAUGACAUGCUGCUGGAGGCGGAGCUGUGGAAGAGCCUGCACAGGGCAGGCAUCAUGAAGCUGUAUCAGCGGUGAGGCUGGGUGGCACAUCCCUUGGACUCUUGCUGUAACAAAAGUAGUUUUUCUCCUCUUCCCCAAGGGCUCCAUUCUCCCUGGCAGGGGCUGUCCAGAAUUCAUGGGCAAAGGUGGCAAACUGAGAGCUCACCCAAAGCCAGCCUUACAAGCAGGAGCAGAGGGCGAGUGCGUGAAUUGCAAGACUGCCUUCUGCAAGCCAGGGGUGCUGCCUGGAGGAUUUUGCUCAGAUGGCAAAGCAAGUGGGGUGAGGUCUCUCUCCAAGGAACCUGCUGAUUGGCUCGAGCCAACAAAUCCCAGACCCUGCCUUUGUCCCAGAAAUGCCCCGGUUCCUCCCAUCAAAUACGACACCUGCAAGGAGCAACUUCUGACACUGGGAAACGAAGAGGGGAUUUCAGAAGCAAUAAGCCUGAAUGUUCGAUGUGCGUCUCCCAAAGGGGCGUGAUAGCCCUGAGAGAAGACGCUCGCUCCCCAGCACAUUCCAGCUUCUCAUUGCCUUCCUUUGAGUAUUACAUGCAGAGCACAGAAUGUGGCUGUGGAAAAUACCCAGCCUGCCCGUCCCACCUUUCCAUCACACACUGAUGCCAGUCUGCCACAACCCCGAAGAGCCUAAUUUGUUGUGUUCAAACUCCUUCAUGGAGGGACACAUCACAGCCACAAUCCUAUAGCUGAGACCACCUGGAUGGAGCUUGUGGACAUUGCUCCUCAAUAGAUUGGGUGGGUAGGUGAAGAGCAUUGUGGCCAGGCAGCCUUAACUGUAUGAAGGCCCCCCAAGCCAACAUAUGCACAUACACUCCACUUUCCAGACAGAUCUCCCAUCACUCGCAGCAUAUAGCAGAGGCUGACUGCCCUCUCCAACGUGUGCUUCAGCCACACUCCUGGGGCUUUCACUCCACAUUGAUGUCAACAGGUGAGGGUGGGGUUGUCAUACUUAAUUAGGCCCCCCACAGGAAAUUGGGGCAGGUGGACCUGGUCAAAUGGGAGGAGUUGAACUAUGCAUUAUUUUGCAUUGCAAACCUAGGGGCACUGUGUAUAUUCAGAGGAGGAGCCCCAGCCCUUGUACAGAUGGAUGGAACCCACCACUCCAUUACUUAAUACUAAAUCCCCCUCAAGCUAAAUAAAAAACCCAACUAGCCAGCAGUAAGGAGGGAAAAUUCUUUAACCAUGAAGCUACAUUUUGUAAGUUAAUUACAUGUAACUAGGAAGAGUAGAUCAGCAACAGGUUGGUUUUGUUCUACAGGGAGGUUGCAAUGACUAGUGAUGGAUGGAUGCUAAAGCACAAUGGAGGAGUGUAAUUUGAAACAUUUUCCCACUCUGUAUAAUUGCAUAAAUGUUGAAUGAUCUUUUAUGUUUUCUUUUGUUGUUUUGGGUUGGGGUGGGGGAAGGGGGUAGAAUAUGACUGGCAGAGGCUGGCACUGAAAGCAGAGCAACAAUACAGUGUGUGGCUGGACACGAGAGGAGUCUGAUCUGGGGGUACGGCUGCAGUGAAUUUCUACACAGGAGGGGAGUGUGAACAGUUCUGAACUCCAUGAGCGACAAGUGCUGCCAAAGGCUGAUGAACGUGAUCCUAACGCGCACAGGCAGGGACUCAGCCCCCACUUGCUUUGCUCUAAGCCCAAGAAUUAACAUUUUAAAAAAUAAAUAGUUUAUUUGUCCUAGUCAUCCUUGUAAAACAGCACUCAGUGCUGCAGAUUGUAACAGGGGAACAGCUAGGAUACAAGACUAGGUAUCGGGAGACCCAGAAACUCAACCUCGCUGUGCCACUGUGUCUGUUCUCAGGUUUGAUUUUAUGUAUUGCAAGAUACAGAAACUAGCAGUGUUCAGACUGACUCAUUCCAUAUCUGUAAAGCACAUACACAUUAUCUGCCUUUAACAGAUGGGGGAUGUGAAUUGUCCAAGUCCACAUCAGUGCCCAACAUGGAUGAUCUAGAACUUUAGCUCAGUUAGGGAACAGUUCUACUAUACCCUCCUGGUGCAAGCAGAUCUCUUGCCUUCUAUAGGGGUAGGUUAGUCAUGGAAGGCUGUAACCAUAUCUGAAAACUGUUCCAGCCAUAAGCCCCUGUGUGGAGGGCCUUACAUUCUCAAAGCCCUGUAAAGUGCUGCAUGUUACUAGCGUUUUCUAUAGCCUGGUGAUGUAGCCUCUUUUAGUAAUGAGGGACUCACCCUUCUCCUUACAGUCAUAUAGCAUAGAGUCUGAUGUAUCAUAGGUGAAAGGGCUGGUUAGACUCACUUAAGUUUGGGUUUAGAACAUCACUAAAACUCAGACACCUGACAUUUUUGAUGAUUUAUUUCUGAAAGCUAAAACCUCCUUGGUCAACAGCUCUCUUCUCCAGCCAGCCCUGUUGGAGGAAAAAACAAAACAGGAUCUAGUCAGUAAAGGAAAACAUUAACAAGCCCCUUUCUUCUGUGCUGUCAAAUUUAUUGUUAAACAAACAAACAAACAAAAAAAAAAAAAAAGAGUAGGGAAGGUGGCCAAGCGCCAAGGACACAAAGGAGCCAUCCAUCUUUAUUUUACCAGGAAUACAAAGAAGAUCGUUUGAGGAGGUUGGCAAGACUUAACUGAAAUGAUGGACAGGCCAGUUCUUGCUCUAUUACUGACUGGCAUGAUAAAGACCUGCACUUUAUCAGAUGCAAGGCUGGUCCUGUCAAUGUCACAGCUAGUCUCACUGGAGCCAUGUUCCUAGCACUCCAAGCAAUUGUCCCUUUUCAGCACUUGAGUCUCAGACCCAUUCUUGCCUUAACAGACACCACGGAGCUGUGUCAAACUUAACAGCAAAGAGGAAACCCUGCAGUUAUGUGUUGGUGACGUCACCUGUGGGUAUCAGGUACCAAAUGAGAAGUACUGAGAAAUAAGGACUAUAUAGGAGACAGACUGACUGAGACCUUGCUUCAGAUCAUUCUUCCUUUUUUGCAGCAGCAUCCUGAAGUUAGAGACUUAUCAAAGUCAACUGACAUGCAAAGUCUGCAAAAAACAGCUGCUAUCUAGAUAUUGCAAAUAAGAUUUAUGUUGAACCAAUUCCUGAAUCUCCACAAGUACUGAACACUGUUUACUUUUAUUUUCUAUUUCUAGCCUCUCUUUUGUUUUAUUUGCAACCUGGGAGCAGACAGCUCCAGUUUCUUACUCAAUAAAUUAUGCCUUCUAAUUAAA